CUGCAGGACGUUGUAAAUUAUUGUUACGUAAUUAUGUCCACUUCUGCAUCUAAAUUGAACGAGCAAUGGGAUAGUGAUUCUGACGAUGAUUGGGAGGCUGCCGAUAUUGGACUAGACACCAUUGAACAGAAUAAGGAGGCUGCAGCUGAGAAGGCCUUAUCGGCCCCUGCUGCACCACAGGUUGCUACUAAGAAGGCAUCCACCAAACAACAGGUAGAGAAGAGUAAUGGCCAACCGAAGGUGACCACUAUAACCAAGGAGAUUGACGCUGAUGAUAUGCCUCUCGAUGAUCCUGUAGCUGAGAAGGCUCGUCAACAACGGAUGAUAGAGAAGGCCGAUAUGGAGAACAUAUGUGACAUGUUUGGUGUGACAACCCCUAAUGAUGCUAGUGAAGGUAAUGGAUCUGAACACGUGAAGAUACGUGAGACUACUACCGUUGUGGAGAAGGAUUCAUUUGAGGAAUUAAAGUUGAAGACGUUGAAGGAUGUCGAACAGCUUAGUGAAAGGUGUGUUGGUAAACUGAAUGAUUGCCGUACCAAGGCAGCUGUAUUCAACUUCAUGCGAGAUACCCUUAGAGGGGUUGAAGAGAAGUUGGACCAGGAUGAGUGUACUAAGCUUAUAAAGGAGUUACAAGCAUUGGUUACAUCAAAGAAGCAAGAGAAGGCUGAGAAGGAUAGGAACCGUAAGAAACAGGCUACUGACGUAUCACAGAUGAAGAAGGGUGCCAAGGUUGAUUAUCAGGCCGAGAUCGACAUGAUGUAUGGGGAUGGUGGCUAUGGUGAGUAUGAUGAUGAGUAUGACGACUACGCUGACUUCAUGUAAAUGCCUUGAUAUACACCUGUUGUAUCUCUUUACAUUCCUCUACUCGUUAUUAUUACUGACCAUUCCCUCACGGGCCUUGUAGCAGUAUCAUCAUCAUCAUCCUAAUAAUAGUCCUACUUGAUGUUCCCGCCACCUACUGCUACUCCAUAAUAACCAUAGUA